GUUUUUUUUUCUCACCUCUAAUGGUAAGAAGAGCGAGCAAAAACGAUUUUUGCGCAAAAACGGAGUUUGUCAAUAGCAAAUAAAACGGCAAUAGAGCGCGAGUGCCCCCAACCGGAAGUCGCAACCAGAAAUCUAUGAAACAAGCAAUCUGUGUCGCAUUGCAAGGCGCGACAAAAAGAAAUUGACAAAAAUAAAAGAACGUAAGCAAAGGCAACGAUAACAACAGGCAGAAGAGAACAGAAAGCAGAGUGGAGCAGGGAGAGAGCAGUGCGGGUGUUGUGUGUGUGUGCGUGCUGCCAACUCGUUGUUGUGUUGACAGAAUGUGCAUUCGAAAUAUUUGUUAAUAUUCCAAAACGGAAAUUCAAAUUUUGAUUCUAAUUUUUUUGUGAAUCAAAUCCUUGAUGGUUGAGUUGUAACUGUAGCUGGUGAUUUUUUUCAACAAGUUGCCAGCACAUCGUGCAACGCGCGCACACACACACGCGACCUAGCGAGCGAGCGAGAGAGAGAGGGAGAGCAACAACAACAAGCGCCUCUCAACAGCAACGUUUUUAGUGAUGUCAUCAGAAACGACCCCUUCAAGCUGGCCAAAUUGAAGCGGAAACGGAAGCCAAACUGAAGCACUUGUCGGAGAGCGUCUCGGUGCUGCUGAAGAUCGCCAGGAUCGGCAAUAUGGACAACAGCAUCGUCGAGGAGAACGGCAACUCGUCGGCGGCCUCGUCCGCCAAUGAUGUUGUCGACGUUGUUGCCGCCCAAGCAGCACCCGGUAGCGGUGGCGGCGGUGGAGGCGGCGGAGGAGGAGGAGGCGGCAAUCCACAGCAGCAACAGCAACAACAGCAGAACCCACAGAGUACGAGUACAACGUCGCAAGGAGCGACGAAUAAUGCACAGGGAGGCGCCACCGUGCUUACCACCACCGCCAAUCUGAACAUCCAGUACCCCCUUCAGGCUGGACUGACGCCACACGGCCUGCAGGUACAAUCCGUGAUACAGGCUAAUCCUUCGGGGGUCAUACAGACGGCAGCUGGAACGGCAGCCCAACAACAACAGCAACAGGCUCAGGCACAGGCACAGGCGCUGGCCGCCGCCACAGCGAUGCACAAGGGCGUUGGAAUGGGCGUGGUCUAUGUGGCCAAACCGGCUAAUACGGUUAUACACACGGCCUCGGGCAAUGCAGCUCAAGUGCGUAACAAAAUCCCUCCAAAUUUUCCGUGUAAAAUCAAACCCGAACCGAACACCCAACAUCCGGAGGAUAGUGACGAAAGUCUGUCGGACGAUGAUUCGCAGCAUCAUGUCAGCGAACUGACGCGGCGGCCAUCGUACAAUAAGAUCUUAACCGAAAUCAGUGGACCCGACAUAAGCGGCGCAUCGCAUCCCAUGUCCGACGGCGUCCAGACCACCCAGCUGGCGGGGAGCGCGCUGAACAACACACUGAUCACCAUGGAUCCGAACUACUACCUGACCAAUCGGAUACCCUAUACCAACAAUAGCGGUAUAGCGGAGGAUCAGACACGGAAGCGGGAGAUUCGAUUGCAGAAGAAUCGGGAGGCGGCGCGAGAGUGCCGGCGCAAGAAGAAGGAGUACAUCAAGUGCCUGGAGAAUCGAGUGGCGGUGCUAGAGAACCAAAACAAGGCCCUCAUCGAGGAGCUAAAGUCGCUCAAGGAGCUCUACUGUCAGACGAAGAACGAUUGAACGAUGUGGGAUAGCGGCUCAUCGUCUCCGUCACCGACACCGACACCGUCACCGACUUCGUCACCGACUCUAUCAUCGCCAUCGCCAUCGCAGCCGUAUCCCCUCCAACCAAGAAGGGUGAAUAGCAGGAAAGCAUCGGUGAUUGGAUGGUGGGUGGUGGUCAUCGAUGAUCGAUCCUUCCGUUGGCCGGCCGCAUAUCAUAUGAUUUAUAUACGUAUAUAGAGGAAUAUAUAUAUGUAUAGAACUACGUGUAUAUGUGGUACUGUGUGUGUGUGUAUGAGUACUGUGUGAAGGAUCGUCAAGAUCGAGUUGUUGUUGUUUUUUUUUUUAAGGACAUGAUGAAAAAAAAGAAACAAAAUAGAAAUCACAGUGUAAUUAUGUUU